CGGCCAGGCAGGACGUCGGAGGCUGGAGUGGUGCCAGCUAGGCCUCGGGGGCCCAGCACCGAGCUGGGCUCUAGGGGUGCCUUGGGGGCAUCGGGCCGAGCCGCCUGGGGCCGCUCGUCGGCGCCUGGGAGAGAGCAGCUCGGCGCCCCGGGGCCUAGGGCCUCUCUACGGAGCCCUAAUUACUUCUGAGAGGCUCCCUCGGGCUUUGUGCGGGCGCGGCGGGGCGGGCGACCUCGGUGCCGAAGGGGGCCGGCGGCCUGGGCCUUGCCUUCGCCGCCACUCUCGCACUGACCAGCUGCUAAUGGGGUGCAGCCGGCCCGGAAUGGGGAUUAUCCCGGGUUGAGCCUCCCGAACCUAUUAGUGCUCAAUCGGCUUUUCCCAAAUCCUAUAAACAGCCACCCCGGCCGGUUCUGGGCCUCGGGCCAGCGGCCAGGAGCUGCCUCCCCCAGCCCCCGUCCCGCGGCCCCCAGCCGCCCCCAACCCCGCCCCACGGGCCCGGCGCCAUGAGUGAGUUGGAGCAACUGAGACAGGAGGCCGAGCAGCUCCGGAACCAGAUCCGGGACGCCAGAAAAGCAUGCGGGGAUUCCACACUGACCCAGAUCACAGCUGGGCUGGACCCAGUGGGGCGAAUUCAGAUGAGAACACGGAGGACCCUCCGUGGACACCUGGCAAAAAUCUAUGCCAUGCACUGGGGGACAGACUCAAGGCUGCUGGUCAGCGCCUCCCAGGACGGAAAGCUCAUCAUCUGGGACAGCUACACCACUAACAAGGUCCACGCCAUCCCUCUGCGCUCCUCCUGGGUCAUGACCUGUGCCUACGCCCCCUCAGGGAACUUUGUGGCCUGUGGGGGUUUGGACAACAUCUGCUCCAUCUAUAGUCUCAAAACCCGCGAGGGUAAUGUCAGGGUCAGCCGAGAGCUGCCUGGCCACACUGGGUACCUUUCCUGCUGCCGCUUCCUGGACGACAACCAGAUCAUCACCAGCUCUGGAGACACCACCUGUGCCCUGUGGGACAUUGAGACAGGCCAGCAGACCGUGGGGUUUGCUGGACACAGUGGGGAUGUGAUGUCCCUGUCACUGGCUCCCGAUGGCCGCACCUUUGUGUCAGGGGCCUGCGACGCCUCCAUCAAGCUGUGGGAUGUCCGGGAUUCCAUGUGCCGACAGACAUUCGUAGGUCACGAGUCGGACAUCAAUGCCGUGGCUUUCUUCCCCAAUGGCUAUGCCUUCACCACGGGAUCAGAUGACGCCACUUGUCGCCUGUUUGACCUGCGGGCCGAUCAGGAGCUGCUCAUGUACUCCCACGACAACAUCAUCUGCGGCAUCACCUCGGUUGCCUUCUCGCGCAGCGGCCGGCUGCUGCUUGCCGGCUAUGACGACUUCAACUGCAACAUCUGGGAUGCCAUGAAGGGCGACCGCGCAGGUGUCCUUGCUGGCCAUGAUAACCGUGUGAGCUGCCUUGGGGUCACAGAUGAUGGGAUGGCCGUGGCCACAGGCUCCUGGGACUCCUUCCUCAAGAUCUGGAACUAACCUCCCCAACCCCAGAUGGGCCCAGGCAGGGAGCAGCCCUGCCCAUGCCCACACUACAGGCCCGGAGCUUUGGGGCUGGGUACAUGUGCCAAGCCUCCCUCCCUGGGCUACAGGGCCUUGGGUCCUGCUCCCAUACCCAGGUUUGGUUCCUCUCGGGGGGAGGGGCCCCACUGUGGAGAUAAGUCGGGGAUGGAAUGGGGGAAGAGGAAGGGCAGGAAAGCCCUCACCCUUUGCUGCCCUGGGGCCAGGGCCUCACCCCUCUGGAGGGCCAGAGGCAGGAGGUGGAAACUCCAGGGGCUGGCUUUUUUAACUGGUUUUAUUUUAAUUUUUAUUAUAUUUUCAGUUUUUCCAUAAAGGAACCACUUCCAACUCUG